CGUCUGCAUCUCGACUAUCAGUCCCUCCGCAUCCUUAUCUGCAAUCCACAUAUCAGUCGUCCAAUCCCCCAACACAUCGACAUGUCGACCGCCGUGGCCAUACAACCUGCUAUACCGCGCCCGACACCCGUGCCCAUUGCCGCUGCCAGGCCCAAGAAGCAGCAACCGCAAUCGCAGCACGCACACCAGCACCAACACCAGCAGCAGGCAAAGCCUUCGCCUACUGCACGAGACAGCGGCGUGGUCUCUGGCAAGCCUGGUGCACCGUCUGCCACCAACGCCCGCACACGCAGAGAGAGGCCCUGUGACGCCUGCCGGAGGAGGAAGAGUCGCUGUGUCAUCAACGAGGGUGCUGCACUUUGUGUGCUGUGCGAGUUCCAUAAGCAAGAGUGCACCUUUGUGCAAAGUCCCUUGCCGCGGAAACGCAAAGUUGUCGGGGACGGCAAAAAGGACUCGCCCAACCCCCAGAAGAAGAGGACUGUCGAUGCUGAGCCGCCUCCGUUAGCGCUGCCGACGCCUACGAUAACUGCUACCGCCCCUAGUCCGCCUCCAGCUCAACCCCCAUUGGCCAACAUCCACAUCCCUUACUUGGGAGAGACAUUGGGUUUACAGCAGCGCCAACAUAGUAGAUAUAUUGGCUUGAGUUCUCCUUUUGAUUCCCUACUCAUUGGUCUGUCUCCGUUUGAUACCCGCAACGAGUCGACCUUUGACCUGGGCACCCUUCGUCGAGUGAAUGAUCAUGAGUGUUUCAUCAUGCUUCCUGAUGAACACACUCAAGAUUAUGCCGACGAGGCGGAGACUCUGAACCACGUCGAGCGGGCUGUGCACCCCCAUGGUCGUGCCCUUCUCGAACUCUACUUCCGUGUCGUGCAUCCUAGUUUUCCCAUCAUCCAGAAACAGCUCUUCGUCGCUCGGUAUAGCAAUGGUGACCGCACCUUCUCACCCGCGCUCAUGGCCGGCAUGUACAUUCUUGCCUUGAACUGGUGGUCGAUGGAUUCACGCCUGGCUCAGCACCCCAAGCCCGAUGUGUCUCAAUUGGAAGCCAUUGCCAUGCGUUCGCUCACACGAUCCAUGGAACGCCCCAAGCUUUCGACUGUCCAGGCAGGAUUGUUGUUGCUGCAACGGCCAAAGACCGACUCGUGGAGUUUGACGACCCAGCUGGUGGCUAUCGGACAGGAAUUGGGUCUGCACCUCGACUGUUCGGGGUGGUCGAUUCCAUCCUGGGAGCGUGGCCUGAGGAAACGCAUCGCAUGGGCGCUCUACAUGCAGGACAAGUGGAGUUCGCUGAUCCACGGAAGGCCUUCGCAUAUUUUUGGUCCCAAUUGGGCAGUAAAACCGAUUGGCGACGAAGAUUUCAACGAAGAGGCUGAUGGAUUUGAAAUGCGGAAAGAAGAGGGCGAGGAAGAGCUGGAAGAGUCGGAGCGGGGUCAGGUUUUGUUUGCGCAGAUGAUUGCGUUGACUCAGAUCAUGGCUGAAGUCAUGGACACGUUUUACACGCAGGUCGCCAUCCAAGACUUCGCCAACGCCGGCAAGAAGUCGACGGAUCUGAUUAUCCAGCGAGCCAAACCCGUGCAGAUCAAGCUGCGGCAAUGGCACGAGCGGUUACCGGCCUCGGUCAAGAUGAAUGCACCCACCAAGAGCAAGCUCUCUUCCUUAGGGUACUUGCACCUUGCAUACUUCGCAACCGAGAUCACGCUCCACCGGCGUAUUGUUCAGUCCCUCGACGAUCCCACCUAUGAUCCUUAUGGCUUCUUCAUGUGCCGCAACGCCGCCAAAACGCGACUCAUCUCGGCCAUGGACUUUGUCAACCGUCUCAAGCCCGAGCAUCUCCAGUCGUUCUGGUACUUUGCCUCCAAGAUCAACUUCACGUUGAUUGGAACCUUUGGCUCGCUGCUUUGGGCUACCGCACCGGCCCAGGAGGAAGCCGAAUUCUACAAGACCCGCCUGCGUGAGUACCGAUGGACGUUGUCUGUAUCCUCAAAGCGAGCAGACUUCCUCGAUUACGCCGUCACCAUGCUCGAUGCUUCGCGCGCGAUGCUAAACAAUCUCGCCGAAAAGCCCAGUCUGGCGCAGCAGAUAAGUCGAACGGGAGUUCCUCCCGCCCCGCGCCAAUACAGCUCCAUGGGUCCCCCGGGCCAAAGCCAGCAAAACUACGGCUCAGGCCACAGCAGUCCUCGCGACAUUUCAAUGCGGGACUUUGAUGGAGACCUGGGUCGCAUGUCGAGUCAUGACAGCGAACGAGAGCAGAUGUACGAUAGCAGACCCGGCAGCGGCAACCAUACCGCUGAAGGAAGCGUCGUCGGCGAAUGA